GAGGACAACGACUGGCGAUCACACGCAUCGUACGCGUCGCAUGCGACACAUGAUGAGCUGAGGCCACACCGCGAUGGCCGACGGCGCGACGCACGGCGACACGAGGGACACCACGAUCGUGAUGAACAAGUGGACGAGAGGGCAAGUACCCGGCCAAAAAUAGCCAUGCCCACGUUCAUGGGGACAGAUCCAGAUGCGUGGUUGAGUCGAGUUGUGCAAUUUUUUGAGAUCAAUGAUGUGCCAAGGUACGAAAGAGUGCAAAUUGCUGCUUAUCAUCUGGAUGGAGAAGCAAACGUAUGGUGGCAAUGGGUGAUGCACAAGAACCAUGGCGAGCACAUGCGUUGGAAGGAUUUCGAAAAAGAGCUCAUCACAAGGUUCGGCUCAAGUAACUACCACGAUUACAAUGAAGCCUUGUCGAGAAUCAAGCAAGUUGGAAGUCUGAGGGAGUAUCAAAAGGAGUUCGAGCGCAUUGCUAGUAGAGUGAGGGAUUGGCCUGAGAGUGCGCUAGUAGGGACGUUCGUUGGAGGGCUUAAAGCCGAACUAGCAGCCGAGGUGAGGUUGGACAGGCCAGGAUCGAUGCGAGCAGCUAUAGAGUCGGCCAGACUGCACGGAGAUCAUCUCAUGGCAGUACGCAAGGCGAAGCCGAGCGACGUGCGCACAGAGACCAAGCGCACGAACGCUGCGACUGAGGAGCUAACGGCGCGAACCGAAAGCAAGUCCAACAUACGGCGGCAUACUGAUAAAGAUAUGCAGCGACGACGAGAAAAAGGCCUUUGCUAUUCGUGCAAUGAAAAGUUCACGCCAGGCCACAAGUGCAAGGGUAAGGAAGUAUUUUUGUUGGAAAUUGGGGAUAAUUGCGAAGAAAAAGAACCACGAGAGGAGUCCUUGUUGCAUAUGGUUAAAAGCAAGAAACGUGGUCCGAAGAUGAUCACAUUCACGGCUAAAGUGAGAGGAAAAUUGGUGGAAGUAUUGGUUGAUAGUGGGUCUACGCUAAACUUCAUUGAUGAGGAGUUGUCCAAGGAAAUUGAGAUUCCCUUCACCAAGGUAAAACCUUUUGGAGUCAAGGUAGCAAACGGGGAAACACUUCGGGGGGAUAUUCUCUUCAAGGGUGUAAAUUUGAAGGCUCAAGGCCAAAAGAUGAGAGUGGAUCUCUAUGCCUUGCCAUUGAAGGCGACUGAUAUAGUGCUUGGAUGCCAGUGGUUGGAGACUCUUGGUCCAAUCACAACUGAUUAUUGGAAAGGAACUAUGGAGUUUGGGAGAUCAAGUAAGAGGGUCAAGUUGAGGACAGAGGAUCCAGGCAAGUCACCUGAUAAGGAUGACGAGGAUGGUCGAGUUAGGAAGCUGAACUUUCUAAUCCUUGGGGACAAGGAAGGUCUUGAAGAGGAAGGGAAUGAUACGGAAGUGGAGUUAGGGACCGGCGAGUCUAGAGAGGGGCUAAAAGGCAAAAGGUGUGCAUCGACACUUGAUGCACACGAGUGGGCGAACAAGCCGCGCACGCAGGUUUGGCGGGGAGUACGCGGGCGCAAGAUGGACGGGUGCGCAGGUGUAUGCGGGGGCGCCGUAGGCGAUGCGGGCCUGGGCAGUGGCUGGGACACGCGCAAGUGUGCAGGCAGGCGCGAGAUUAGCGCGGAAGGAUUGGGCGUGCGCAACAAUCGCGUGGGUGGCGAGGACGCGCGAGGCACGGGUGGCGUAAUUGUUUAUAUUAUUUUUCAGUUUAGCAUGCAUCAGCACUACCUAUCAGUUCAGCAGUUCAGGUGGGGACUCAGACUAAGUACUACAUUGUUUAUAAUUGCUCUACCAUGUUCGAGGUAUGUAUUUUCAGUAUCCGCUCGGAAUGGCCGCCGGUCCAUUCUGGGUUCUAGUGGCCUUAGUCUGCCCACUAGAGUGUGCACAUGGUGUCCGGUUCGCCGGCAGAUGUUCAGUUCAGAUGUGACUUCGGUCACUACGUGGCUUCGGUCACGAGAUCAGUUAUCAGUUACUCAUGGUUUUUCAGCCAUGAGAGUAUUCAGGUCAGUCAUGACAAGAUCAAGGAUAGUCUGUCUGGUAAGACAAGACUUAUCUACCAUUUUCAGUAUGUCAGCGCCUCGAUUCUCAAAUUCUGAAGAAUCUGAGAAAUCGUGGGAGAUAUUAAGUCAUAAGGGACUUCUUCUUGAGGUUAAGUGUAACCUCGGAGGGAGUAAAAAGUUGCAGGGCUUGGGAUGUGUCCUGAUGCAGGACGGACGGGUCGUUGCGUAUGCUUCACGUCAGCUUAAGCCUCAUGAGAAGAACUAUCCUACGCACGACUUAGAGUUAGUCGCAGUCGUUCACGCCCUGAAGAUCUGGCGUCAUUAUCUUUACGGCGGACGCUGCGAGAUAUUCACAGACCAUAAGAGCCUACAGUACAUCUUCACGCAGAAGGAGCUUAAUAUGAGGCAACGCCGUUGGCUCGAAUUGGUCAAGAAUUACGAUUGUUCUACCCAGUACCAUCCGGGAAAGGCGAACGUCGUCGCAGAUGCCCUAAGCCGAAAGGUGACGGGAGACUUGACGUACGUCAUUUCGCAGCAGAGUCCAUUGAUCCAUGA